AUGGACGAUUCAAAGACAUUCUCUACGAGCGGUGAGAUGGAUAACUCUGUGCCGCUGCGUAUUACUAUCUCUAUUCUAAGCGCUACUUUUUCCACUGCGUAUCCCACGCUUCUCUCUUGCAUUAUGUCUGAUCCUGAGGAGGUCUUUAUUUCUUUGCUUGCUGGAUGCUUUGCGUUUAUUGCGAUUCCUGGAGUAAAUUCAAAGAAAAAGCUAAUAAUAUCCUGCGCGCUGUCCUUCCCUCUUUUUUUUAUUCCAGAGGGAUAUGUGCGGGCCUUUUUAAUUGGAAUUGUUCUAUCGUAUGGUCAGACCGCGGCAGAGAUGCACACUGCACACCUGUCAUUGUGUGCGUUUCGAGAGAGCGCUCUUUCGCAGCUGGGAAUUCUUCUUACAAUGCAGACAUGCCUUUUCUUCUUUUUCCUUUCGUUUAUACCAAACUUUGAAUGGCUGUGCUCCACAUUUGUUUUUGUGCUUUCUCUUACUAUAGUUGAAAUUGCUGCUGUUGUAUUUUUCGUGCCAGACCCACCAACUGAAAUGAUCACAAGCAACAACCUUAAUGUGCUGUACAAUGAGGUGUACUACACUCUGACAAAUCUUUUUGGCAACACACCCUUCCACAACUUUCACAGGGAGUACACCGAGAUUGUGGAUCGAUACAACAAAAAGGUUGUUCCUCUUUAUCUGAGGAUCAAUGCUGUUGUGGAGAAGGUAAAUGUAUCGUUCAUUUCUGCUGGUGUAGGUGGGCUGCUGUCCACAACAAACAACAAUAUAUAUCUGGUUAUUUUCAGCUGUCUGAGCAUGUUCAAAUGGGUGUUCAGCAACCAGCACAACAAGGAGUAUAUUAUUCUGAGCAUAGCAAGCAUUGCGCUGGUGCUUCUGGCCAUGCUAGCAUACAAUGUAAAACCAAUAUUUAUUAUUCUUAUAGGAAUGAGCCUUUAUCUUGUUCCGUCAAGCGACGGAUAUCUGAAGCUUGACAAGUACCUCAUUGGAAUAUCCAAUAGCAUCCGGAACCUACUUGGGGUUGUUAUUUUUGUCAUCCUAUGGAGGGAGCAGAUAAUAGACUAA